AAGAACAGCGGAAGCGCGACUUUGCGAGACUUUACCGUCUCCCUUCACCGCCUUUGCUCUCCAAUGCCGGACCCCAUAUCAUAUCAUUACUAUGGCCUGAUUUCGUGCGACGAUAGAAAGGAGUGUUCGUUUCGGUAUAACGAAUGUAUAGACGCCUCAGUUUACCCCUCUGGCUGAAGCCAAGGCAAAACCUGCCACUCCAACUCCCUCAGUCACAAGCACUAGUCCGGCAUGCUUCGGCCGAUGCGAAACGGGUAGCUCCACACUUCUACGAGUCUACACCAUCCCAGCUACUACGGUUUGCCUUGACAGGAACUACAAAGCAAGCUGGUGGUUUGGAAGGUGACUCACGGAUAGACCAGCACCUUCUGGAGCUCUUUUCUGAGCCAUGGCCUUCGAACACUCCGCCUCCCCCACCUCUAUGGAACUUUGUCCAACGGGGAACCUCAGGUUCCGAUAGGAAAAGGUGGCGGGUGUUGAGAAAUCUGAGUCGUUUACGGGGCCUUGAGCAACUACAUGUAUGGAUUGAAAAGAAUGUGAAUGAUGAAUGCGGUAGUACAUUGUUGCAAUCAGAGGGUUGUAAGAACUUAGCCCAGGUACUAGAACGGUCCCAGCGUUACAGUUCUUAUGCAGAAAUACUCUCUACAAUCAAUGGGGUCAUUACGAGGCUAGAGAAACUGAGAGUACCCAUAUCUGGCUCAUUAUUUACUCUAGGGAUGUAUUAUUCCUGUUGCGCCUUUUCGGCACCUUCUCUGAAACGGCAUAUCGAAAGUUAUCUCAUCCUUGGUCCUCGGCGGUUAGAUCCAGAGUCGUGCGGUACCCUAGUCAGCGCUCUUCUUGUUUCUCUCCGACUCUUAUCAUUUCGGGAACCAGGCCAUGAUACCAGUGAGAUGCUCAACAUCAUUACAGGAGAGAAUGCUGGUGGACACCGUUCAGAAUACAAUCUGCACAGUAUAAUGUGUUGGGCCGACCAUCAAGACUCCACUCAACCCAUUGGGCAAUACUUGUCAUUGCUCGCAAGGCUAAAGAGCGAUAGAAUACUACAAGAACUAUGGGAUCAAAUGAUGAAAGGGCUAGGUCCUGGCUCACCUCAUGUGUUCCAGUCGGCGUAUGACUGUGUGAAAGCUCUUAUCGACGUCGGAAGCCAUACCAAAGCAAUAUUUUAUUUAAAACAGAUUUCAAAAUCCGCGAAUGGUAAUCUGCCAGGUCUAUCGAAAUUCCAGGACCUAAGGGGCCUCCUGGCGGCCAGAGGUAUGGCAGAGGCACUACCGCAGCUUGCAGGAACGGAGUCUCUUAGUAUCCUUGAAGCUCAACUAGAGGAUAUGGAGAAGAGACUUGGUGUCACUUGGAAUAGACAGAGGUCGCUCCAUACUAGCAUCGCAAAUCCACUCUGCAUCAGUUCGGAACGGCCGCUUUUGACAAUCGAUGGCGACAGUACUGGGUACGACAGCAACGUUCGCCUAAUUGCAGAGAUUGAAGCAAUUGGGUGCUCAAAAUCGAUGCUGGAACUGGGUAAGAUCGCUACCUUACUAGACGAAUGUGAAGGGGGCCAGAUUCAUGUCUCAAUAUCAUCUCAGGAGGCUGCACAUUAUGACUUCUUUUGGUUCCCUCAGCGGUCAACGAUUGAAUUCCCGGAUAAUCACACACUUGUGGAACGCAGACCGAAUGAACCAUGGUCACCUUCCAAUUUGGGGUUGCUUCGUGUUCGACCACACAGCAAUAGGGCUUCACUAGUGAUCGAAUGUUCCCUACAUCUGAUGCAACUUGGCUACUUGGUUGCGAGGCCUAAAUUGACCGACGAAGCGGGCUCGAAACCGGCUCGGGGAUGGGAGGAAACCGGGCACAUCGUUGCUUGGGACCGUGCUUUUGGCCGAUUUGUUAUUGUUUAUGUUGGGGAAAGCCGCAGAUCUCUUGACACUCGUAAACAGUGGGUUGUUCCAGAUCUGCCGUUUGGCCUCAAUGCAGUCAUGAAGAUUUCGCCUGAAAAAUACCCACUGGAACAGAAUGGUGUCGAUCCUCCCUUUCCGGGUGAUGGUACAAGGUACUGUAUUGAUGUGGAUCCAGGGCUAGAUCUCGUAUUUUGAAGGAUCGCUUGAUCUCGUACGUACUUUCCACACCCCAUCAUACGUUCAUGGGGAUUCCUGGGACCUGAGACACGCACAGACCUCUAAUGCAGUCGAUCUGGCUGCAUUAGAUUCAGACACUAAUGAACUAGUAAACCCAAUCUCAGCCAGCCAUUAUAUAAUGAUCUAGAUCUGCGGCAUCUGCGGGUGAAGCGUGGAUUGGGUCUGGGCAACCACACCAAUUAUUGUGGAAAUAUCAAGACUCUCUGCUCACGAGGGACCGACCUACUGGCGUUCUCUGGCAAGACAGUCUCAAGUCGUUCCUUGGUAAUUCGGCCUUCUGUUUAUUGAUGUCUAUGAGGUGUUCCUUCCUGCCAGUUGUCUCUUCGCCUUUUUCUCAGUUUCGGGUGUU